GGAGGUUGGGGUGGUGAAGGCGGCGGUGGUUGGGGUGGACCACCAUCGCAAGGUGGAUGGGGAGGACCUGCUGGCGGUGCCGGUGGUGGUUGGGGACAAGGUGGUAGCCAAGGUGGAUGGGGUGGUGGCGGUCAAGGUGGUGGACAAUCGUGGGGUGGCUCUGGUGGACAAGGUGGCGGUGGUGGAUGGGGUGGCCGUGGAUACUGAGCAACAGCAGCAGCAGCAAACCAUGCAGCAAAAAGAACUUGUGAUAAAAAUGCUACUAUAA